CGUCCGGAGUUUCCAAAUCCCAAACUGAUCUUGAACAAAGGCCGAGGAAAACUCGCAGGAGUGGUGGAACUACUGACAGUAGUACUGUUGUACCAUCGCCACACAUAUCCAUUUCUGACAGGCAGAAGGCAUAGUCUCUAUUCGACUGCUAAAAUAAUAAAGUUGCAGUAUAAACGAGAGCCUGUAAAGAUGAUGGACGCACUGGCAGUUGUGAAACAACUGAGAGAUUUGGCCUCAGAGCCACAAAAUAGGGAAGCUAUAGUCCGGGAUCAGGGAUGCCUUCCUGGACUAGUCUUAUUUUUAGACCAUCAAGAUGCACAAGUGCUGUUCUCUACAUUGCAGACUCUUCGUUACCUAGCAGAAUGUCCUUCAAAUGUAGACACAAUGAAGAAUGAACUUGGUAUGAUAGUGAGCUUGAGGAACUUAAUGGAAAGGGAAGGCCCCAACAAUGAUAUUCCUUUUUUAGCAAAGGAAGUUUAUGAGGUUUUGACCAGUCCUAUUAACACUGAACCUAGAACUCCAGAUGGACCCAAAAGGAAAGCGAAACCACAAUUCUUCAUUAAUAGUUCAAACAAGAAGGCCAAAUCAGUCACCCUUCAUAUCCAAGGACUGGACAGUAUGGAUCACAGAGGCCUUUGUGAAGAAGCUUUACUGAGGGUCAAAGGAGUGAUCAGCUUUACAUUUCAAAUGGCCCUCAAGAGAUGCACUGUGCGGAUUCGGUCUGAUCUGCCUACUGAAUCUUUGGCAUCAGCUAUUGCAGCAACUAAAGUGCUUACAGCGCAGCAGAUUGUGAAAAAUGAAACUGGAGAAGAGGUUUUAAUUCCCCUCAGAGCUACAAAUGCCACAGUGCAAGAGAACUCCUCUUUGCCAGAUUACCUGCCUGAAGAUGAGAGUCCAGAGAAAGAAGCAGACAAGGCCAUUUCACGAACUGGAGCAAAGGAGGAUUCAAAUGGAAGCUGGCUAAAUGCUGCUGCAAGUUUCCUAACCAAAACAUUUUACUGGUGAUGUCAGAGACAUUAAUAUUUUUUGUUUUUCUUUAGUUUUAAAUUGUAUCUCUUUUGUCUUACAGAUUUCAGUAUCCAACUGUGAUGGAUAUUUAUGUGUGUACAGUUGUCUUGAAAUGUAAAUCGCUUUUAACUGUUUUUACAUGUAAAUAUUUUCAAUACUGAGAUGUUUGGAACAAGUCAAGAGUAGGUUUUUUAAGAUUUAGGCUUUGCACUACGUUGUUUUAUAGUCAGUUUAAUGGAUUGGAAUUGCUGGACACUAUGAUAGUGCAGUUUGUAUACAGUACCAAUUCAUUUAAAAGCCCACAGAGAAUGAAAGCUGCCUUCCUCCUUACAUAUAUCACUAUGUUGUGAACGAUACAAUUAUAAGGGAAGUAGUAAUGAUGCAAUAUAAAAAAACUAAAAUCAUUCCACAAGAACAACUGGCACCAUGUGACGAAUACAGGAUAAGAGGAACUAAUUUCUCCUUAUAUUUGAUGGUAUGCCUAUGAAAAGAACAGCCUUUGAAUUGAAUCUGGACACUCAAAAUGUACAUUAGCUGUUAAUAUUUCACUUUUGCAAAACCUGUUUAAAGAAUGCCUUCAGUCUACUUAGAAGUUGUGUAACUGCACAAUAAAAUGUUUGUUAAAAACUGA